AUGACAAAAUUAGGUUUUGAAUCUUCUAUUAAAUUUUUAAAUAAUAUACUAAAUUUUGGUAAAGAAUAUGAAGAGUUAGGUUGUUCACCUUCAACAAUUCCUGGAAUCAUUUGUAAUAUAAAUUAUGAAACAAGAAAAAUAUGGUUAAGACCUAGUGAGACAAAUUAUUUAAACAAAAAACUUUCAAAAUUAUUAAAUAAAUGGAAAGUUAAAAAUAUCAAACCAUUAAAAGAGUAUGAAAUAGAUAAUAAAAAUAUUUAUAUUUAUUGGAAAAUUAAUGACGAAAUUGGAAGAUGCUUUAUAAUCAAAAGAAUAAAUAAACAACCAUUAAUUCAUUAUAUUGAUAAUGGAAAAAUUGAAGAAAUGUCAAAUGAGAUUAAAAUUUUUAAAAUAGAUAACGACAUGAUUUGUGGUGAUCUUGCCUAUCCACUUUGUUUUGUACUAGAAUAUUUACCUAGUGUUUAUUGUGAAAAAUAUGAUAUACCAAAAAUAUCAAAUUUUGAAAUUGAAGAUUUCAUUCACGUAUUCAUUAUUAAUUGUCCAGGUGAUUAUGUUUAUGGAUUUGGUACAUCAAGUAAAAAUACAUUAUCUUUGAUAGAAAAUAAUUUUAUUAAAAAUUAUGAAAUAGGAAAAAAAUUAGGAAAAGUAAAAUAUUUAUGUAAAGGAAAUGAUACAUAUGUAUCUAGUAAAUCAACUAUAUUUCAAUUUUAUGAAAUAAUUGAAGAGUAUGCUGAUUGUUUUGUUAUUGGAGUUCCUGAUGAAAAACAUAUAUAUGUUCGUUCUAUUAACCUAUCAAUUGGAUAUUUAUUUUUUUUUCAAUAUUUAAAUAAAUUUUAUCGUAAAGAAAAAAGUAGAAAAGAAUUGAAUGUUAACAAAAUAGAUAUUAAGAAUUACCGUGAAAUUUAUGUUUUUUAUGACUCCUCAACAGAUAACUUUUAUCGUACCAACCAACAUUAG